GCGGCAGCGGCGUCGGGAUGGCGUUGGGCUCGGCCUGGAAGCAAAUGUCGUGGCUCUACUACCAGUACCUGCUGGUGACCGCGCUCUACAUGCUGGAGCCCUGGGAGAGGACGGUCUUCAAUUCCAUGUUAGUGUCCAUCCUUGGAAUGGCACUCUACACUGGCUAUGUGUUCAUGCCUCAGCAUAUUAUGGCAAUAUUGCACUAUUUUGAAAUUGUGCAGUGAUACAAAAUGUCCCAAGCCAGGGAUCAGUUGGAAACUGCGGACCAGAUGCCUAAGAAGAACUGACCAUCUGCUAUUAAGGAUUUCUACAGUCAACAAAACAUGC